AUGGCUGAAACACACACUCCUUUGCUGAUCAUCUUCACAUUGAUGUUGCUAAUCCAUUUGACCUUCUCAUGGAAAGCAACCCCACCAUUGCCAAUCUUGCCCCUGCCAUCAUAUUCCCAGCUAAAAUGGCAGCAAAGGGAGAUCAUAAUGUUUCUUCAUUUCGGCGUCAACACCUUCACGGGCUCCGAAUGGGGUACCGGGCAGGAAAGCCCAUCCAUUUUUAACCCAACGGGCCUCGAUGCCAACCAAUGGGUCGAUGCUGCGGCCCAAGCCGGUGUCUCGUUGAUGAUACUCACGGCCAAGCAUCAUGAUGGGUUUUGCUUGUGGCCUUCAGAGUACACUGAUCACUCUGUGAUUAGAAGCCCUUGGAAAAAUGGCCGUGGAGAUGUUGUGCUAGAGUUUGUUAACACGGCCAAGGCCCGUGAUAUAGAUGUGGGCUUGUACCUUUCGCCGUGGGACCGUCAUGACCCGAGAUAUGGACAUGUGGAGCUUUACAAUGAGUACUAUUUGGCUCAAUUGCAAGAACUUCUCAACAGGUGA